UUAAUAUCAACUUGGGGUAACAAAACAAUCGAAUGGUACAUCUUUUUUGCCUUAGGCCCCAUUGCCUUGAAUACACUUUUUCUAACUUUAUAAUGUGUCAAAGGAAUUAUAAGAAGCUAGCUUAGCUUCUUCUCCUCCAAGCAAUGCCCUCACAUUUUCUCCUACUACUCCAAAAGACUAUCCACCAUGGAAGUGCCACUGUUUGCUGAAUUUGAGACUCAAUCCUCUGCAUCUUCCUCUUCAUCCCCCUUGGCAAGCGAGUCGUCGACACGAUUUAAGUCCAAGAAAGUUGAGAAAGUGAAAAAUGCAAACGAAAGCAAGAGAAAGGUUAAAAAUGAUGAAGUCGAGGGGAAACAUCCAACGUAUAGAGGAGUAAGAAUGCGUCAAUGGGGCAAAUGGGUAUCUGAAAUCCGGGAACCGAGGAAGAAGUCAAGAAUUUGGCUAGGCACAUUUCCUACAGCUGAAAUGGCAGCUCGAGCACAUGAUGUAGCAGCUCUAACGAUUAAAGGCAAGUCAGCUUACCUAAAUUUCCCUGAGAUAGCUCAUGAGCUUCCCCGUCCGGUCAGUGCAUCACCAAAGGAUAUCCAAGCUGCUGCUGCUAAAGCAGCUGCCUUAAACUAUCCUAAAAGCCAUGAAGUUGAAGCAGAGCUGAGCCAGGUUGAUCAAAUGUUUCCUCGAUCUCCAGCAAGCACAGUGACAUCUCAUGACACUCAAGACUCAUCAAGCUCACCCUUAAUCAACAAUGAUGAUGCAUUCAUUGACCUUCCGGAUCUCUUGCUGGACAUGAAUCAUCAGAUUGACGAGUUCUGGGGCUCAUUAUCAUGGCAGCUGCCUGCAACUGAUGAUCCUGUUGAAAAUGGAUUUGGAUAUGAGGAGCCUUGCCUUUGGGAAUACUGCUAGAGAGUACCCGAGAAGAGACAGCAACUCCCUUGCCUGUAAUUUCCCAAGCUUCCCAGGCUUGAUACAUUAGUCACUAGAUGUCCAAUUUUCUUCCAAAUUGGAUGCCCAAAUCUAUCUGGCGCAAGACAAGAUGGAAUUUACAGGUUUGAUUUAAUAUCUUGCUUACCCAAAAUCACCACCCUGGAAUUCCAUUGAUUAACAGAGAGGUCACAGUUCAUCCAUUCCAAAGUCACCCUGCUCAAGAUAACAUGGAAGCUCUCACCUCCCUGAUUUUAUGUUAGAUGAACAUUGUGAAUAUGAUCAAAUGACAGUUUUAUGCACAUUAGAUAGCCUAAGGUUCUCUAUUCUCACCCCCCACCCCCUCUUUCCCUUUUUUUUUUUUUUUAUCGGGUUAUAGGCUUUUUUACCUAGCUUUCAGGUGAAAUUGUAACUUGACAAGAGUACAUAAAUUGCUAGAAACAAGGUAGAAUAUAAGGAAGGAAUCCUUUAUAGUACUGUACUUUUUUGUGUUUUUCUUUUCCUUUUUUUUUUGAGCACCCAAAGUUCAGAGGAGAAUUCUCCUGAGUUUUGAUGCAUAUGAGACAUGAUUGAGUCAGAAUUUCACCCA